AUGGAUUUUGCAAGCCCCACAACUGUGACGUGAGUAUUUUCAGAUGUUUGUAGCAACAUUUUGAAGUCCCUGGUAUGUAUGUAUUUUGUGCGUAGAAUGAAUCUGAGCAGAAAAAGAGUCACAUAUUUUGGCGUGAUCAUGGUUAGACGUUUCCCAUAUAUGAAUGUAAUCACUGAUGUAAUGUAAGACAAUGUAAACAGAAUAGAAAUAGCAAUCAAGCCAAGACACCUACAUCUUGUAGAAUUAAAGAAGCCAUUGAAAAGAAGAGACAUACAGUCGACUCCCGAUAACUCGAACCUCCUAGGGAAAUCGAGUUGUCGGGAGUUGUUAGAAGCAAAUUUAACCUGAAGUAAGCAAGUAAGCAAAUAAGCAAACAGAUGAGGAUGGAAAACAAGUAUUAUGCACACAUCACAGGGAUGGACACUGAAUUUGAACUGGAGUGACAUAAAAGGUAACGAAAAAGAACUGACACGGUUGUUUUGAAAUAAAUUCAGUGCUUCGGAUGGACGGUACACUGUUUUUUUUUUCCGACUCAUUACGCGCUUAAAACAUGGCUCGAGUUAUCGAGGGUAAAAUUAUAUAGUAAUAAUUUGAAGGGAAACAAAAGGUACUUUGAGUUAGUGGAAGGUCCGAGUUAUCAAGGGUUCGAGUUACUAAGGGUAAAAUUACAGUAAAUGUAUAAAGGAAAUCCAGGGGAAAUAGACUUUGGUUUGAGUCAGCGCGAGGCUUGAGUUAGCGAGGGUUUGAGUUAUUGGGAGUCAACUGUAUAUGAGAAAUGUCAAAAAGCACACUCUCUUCCCUCUGUCGCCACUUUUUCUUGUCACCAUACCUUUUUUAGAUAUGGGCAGGAAAAGGCAUCCAUUCUCAGGAAAUCUUAUUUAAUCAUGUUCCCAAGAUCUUGCUAUUUUUAAGAUGGUGGCAAUGUGAAAAACAGUAUGCACCUACCCCCCAGUAAUUUAAAUGAUAUAUUUAAUCUCCCUAAAACAGAGUCCUAGUGCCCAUAUCUGACCCUUGGGUUGGCCUCCAAGAUGGAUGUUGAAGUAGUAUACUGCUGUUUAAUGUUCUGCAGACGUUCACCUGUUGUGACUUACCCUGAACAAAGAGAAACUCAACAGACUUCACCAGUUCUUUUGGUUGAUGCCACAGGCCACCACAAGAGUCCUGACCUUGCUGAGGUCCCUGUUGUUACCGGCAUAAUUAAAUCCCCAGUGAGAGUUGUGUGCCAUUCACCUCGAAGUAUGGGAAGGAAUAGAAAUGGUUUAGAGAAUUCUAGCCUUUUUCAGAGAUCAGAUAAUGUCAACACUGUGACUGGUCAUGUAGAGUCAGGGAGAAGAGUUAAGGUGGCCGGUGUUCCAAGUGUUAAUCUACUGGACUCCAGUGCAAGAAAGGGAGAUCCAUCACCAUCUCAUUUUAGCCCAGGUUUUGCGAUCUUUAAUAAAAUUAAUAAAAAUAUUAUUAUUAAAGUCAGAGUAGUUUUGUUUCAAGAGUACAACAUGCCAUUGGAUCAGUAACAGCAGUCCUUGAUCGUUUCUUCUCUCAAAUAAAAAUGCAGUUUCUAAUAGUAGUAGUAGUUAAAAUUUUUGAUGAUGACAAUGAUGAUGAUGAUGAUUGAUAAUGAUGAUAAUGAUGAUGAUAAUUAGUAAUAAUAAACUUUAAAAUUAUUGAAAUUUAUCAUGCUAGUCUUCAGUAAAUGACAGUGCUAUCCCUUUAAUGCUUUUUUGGCCCAUAAAUGUGUAAGUGAACUUGCAUGAUCAUUGAGCUCAUAUAUUGUUAAACAUUGUCAGGGAUGUCUCUGUAAAGAUUUUAAAUUGCUAGUUAUAUCCAGUAAUUUGGUGGGAAAUUGAACAGUCAGGUAGUUAUUUUGUUUCUUUUUUCCUAUUUUUUCCUAUGGAAGUAGGGUUGUCAAAAUUAGCUGGCUGCCGGUGAAAAUUGCCGCCUUCUUGGUUAGUAUCGGCCGGCUAUACUCUGCUAGGCAUUUCUUUACGGAUGACGUUUUCCAAAUAAAAUAUCCCUGGGCUGGCCGCUUACUUUGACAACUCAGCUAUCUAAUUCAAAACUUUCUGACAACCCUGUAGAUUGGAAGUAGCUAGUGGUAAUACUCAUAUACUGAGUAGCCUUAGUGACAGACAGCCGGCCAGAUUGUGAUUAAAUGUAACACACAAGCUAGGUUUAUUGCAGAGUAAAAAUUGCCAUGUAGAUAUUUUCAUAUGAUUAUUUAAAAUAUUUCUGAAUAUUUACAGACAGUCUGGCCAGUGAACACUCGAUAGGUGACAGCCCAUUGGAUCAUGAGAGUUUAGCUACUGAAACAAGAAUUGCUGAGCAGAGGCAAACAAGAGAUGCNUCUCUCAAAUAAAAAUGCAGUUUCUAAUAGUAGUAGUAGUUAAAAUUUUUGAUGAUGACAAUGAUGAUGAUGAUGAUUGAUAAUGAUGAUAAUGAUGAUGAUAAUUAGUAAUAAUAAACUUUAAAAUUAUUGAAAUUUAUCAUGCUAGUCUUCAGUAAAUGACAGUGCUAUCCCUUUAAUGCUUUUUUGGCCCAUAAAUGUGUAAGUGAACUUGCAUGAUCAUUGAGCUCAUAUAUUGUUAAACAUUGUCAGGGAUGUCUCUGUAAAGAUUUUAAAUUGCUAGUUAUAUCCAGUAAUUUGGUGGGAAAUUGAACAGUCAGGUAGUUAUUUUGUUUCUUUUUUCCUAUUUUUUCCUAUGGAAGUAGGGUUGUCAAAAUUAGCUGGCUGCCGGUGAAAAUUGCCGCCUUCUUGGUUAGUAUCGGCCGGCUAUACUCUGCUAGGCAUUUCUUUACGGAUGACGUUUUCCAAAUAAAAUAUCCCUGGGCUGGCCGCUUACUUUGACAACUCAGCUAUCUAAUUCAAAACUUUCUGACAACCCUGUAGAUUGGAAGUAGCUAGUGGUAAUACUCAUAUACUGAGUAGCCUUAGUGACAGACAGCCGGCCAGAUUGUGAUUAAAUGUAACACACAAGCUAGGUUUAUUGCAGAGUAAAAAUUGCCAUGUAGAUAUUUUCAUAUGAUUAUUUAAAAUAUUUCUGAAUAUUUACAGACAGUCUGGCCAGUGAACACUCGAUAGGUGACAGCCCAUUGGAUCAUGAGAGUUUAGCUACUGAAACAAGAAUUGCUGAGCAGAGGCAAACAAGAGAUGCUUCUCAGUUCAAGAGCUUUUUAGGAGAAGAGGGAUACCAGCCUCCACCACUAUCUUCUAAUUUAUCAACAUCAGAAAUAAAGCAACAACUCUUUGAUUUCUCAUUAGGUACAGUAUAAAUAAUAAAAUAAAUAUAGUAGUAAAGGAAAGAAGUCAUAUUGUUUUGUGACUUAUCUAAACUCUUAACUAAAGGAAAUUGUUCCACAUAGAUGAAGAUGUUAUUCUCAAUUUAAAUGCACUGGUCAGUUUUUGGAGUUUUUACUAGGUAUCACUGGGUUUCUAACUUCGUAGAUUUUGUCAUGUGAUUUUUCAGUUUCUGCAAUAUGAGCCUUUUGUGGACAAGGAAACUUAAACUAGUUUUAUCAUAAACUGAAAACCUAGGGUUAAUGUUGGAGAGAGAAAUAUGUUGUGUAUGAAGUGUUUAUAAAGUGUUUACCACACCAUCCAAUGGGAUAUUAACAUGUACAAACAGUGUGUAAAGAAAGUAGUGUCCGAUAGCCCAGGACUAAUGGAUUUUGCUAUUGGGCUUGGGAAUUCUGUUCUUAAAUGAAGUUUUUUGGGGAAUUCAAAUUAAGGAAGAACUGUAAAUCAAUCCUGCUGAUCAAAAUUUUUGUGGGGGCUAGUUGAAACAUGACUCUUGAGUAAGUACUUGCUAGCUAACAGCUUGUCUGAAUGGCAAGCUGUAAAAUUGACUUUCUUUGCACCCUGGCAAUAAUCACAUCAGUAGGUUAAAAAAUUUUUGUGAACUUUAUUGAGUGAAUAUAUGACUUUUAAUAUUUAGUUCCAGAUGUUUCAGCAAGCUGUAAAAUUGACUUUCUUUGCAAUAGUUAUAAAAAUAGGUUAAAACGUUUUUAUGAACUUUAUUGACUAAAUAUAUGACCUGUUUAGUUCCAGAUGUUUCUUCACAAACUGGAGAUGGUGAUCAGUCUAAUAUGUAAGUACUGUAGACAAAUGAAAAACUUUCAGAUCAGAUUCUGAUCAUGUCAAGUCCUUUGAUUCAUAGAUGGCUAAGACUUUGAUUACCUCAGGAUUGUUGUGUGACUACCCAAAGCCAUUUCAUAACACAGCUAAGAGAAGUGGUCAAAACAGGUGUAGUAGAUGAGGACCUGUAUGAACAUGUACCUUGACUAGGGGUGUAUAGGGCUACGCAAUAUGCCACCCACGUGUGGAAACUGAUGGACUAAAACUUUUGCCGUGAAAACCUGAGAUAAGAAUAAUAUAUGGAAAUAUAUACUGUAGUUCUUUCAGUUGUUUUAGUUGCACAAGUAUGUUGGAGACUGCUAAUAUGAGGCAAUAACGUUCACACAAUUUAAAAUUCAAAGUAAACUUCAAGUUUUACAAAUUGGAUAUUUUUUUUUGAGGCUUAGUCAAUCAUAGUUGAAACGUUUUCCAUUAUUGUUUUCUACUUUCAUAUAUUUAUAUUAUGUAGGCAAAAAUAAGAUUAUUGAAAUAAAUAAAAGUGCUGAUUUUGUUGGCUUCUUUUCAGUUUACCAGGUGACGAAAAACCAAAUUCGAAAUUGAAGAAAAAGAAACAGAAGACUGGUGAGGUCUAAGCCCAAUCAACAUUUCAAAAUUGAUUAUUUAUUAUAAAAAACCUGCCAGACUUAUUUCCUCUCGAUCCAUGCUUUCAAUUUUGCAUACAAACAAACAACAACAACAACAACAACAACAAUCUUCAAUGAAUUUCAGGCAACAAGUUAAAUUAAUGUUCAUUUUUACUUUUCAGCUCGUAUUGUUCCCUCCAGGUACAUGGAGAAAGCAAAGAUCACAAAAAAGGCAGCGGGAAAGGUAUCAGAAAGACUUGAAUCAUGUUUCAUUGUAUUUCAUACAAAUUUUGAAGUAUCCUAUCCUGGUCCUAGGCUAGUGACUACAAGUAACUGCUCACAGCCGACGGAAUUCCGCCAUUUGCUGGCUUCUGUAAAGAAACCUGUGCUUAAGACCCAUUCCCUGCAUUUAUAGUCUUUGUAUGGUUCUAAUGCUUCAUUCACAGGAGGUUGCACUGCCUACUAAGAAGAAAGCCAAGGCACAAACAGCAGCGCCUAAAUCUAGAGAUCAGUCUUUAAUCCACUCACACUCAUAUGACAGCGGCCUGAACUUAGGCGUCAAUACACCUUUUGUGCGACACACAUCACAGAAGAAAGGCUUAGUGACUUCCACUCCAGCUGACGGCAUGGUUGGUGUUGACCCCCCUGCUCACAUGGCAGCCCCCACCCCUAUCUUACCACAGGGAAUCCCAACAUCUACCCGGGUGCAUGGUGGAGGUGCUGCAGCUGUUAAAAAAGUCGCUCGUGAUAAAUCUAAAUCGCAAGCUGCAGUUGUAACGAAAAAACAAGCUGUCAAGUCGACAGGUAAACGUCAUAAAUAACACUUCUUUGCCGUUUUUGUACAACUACGACGGGAAAAUUCCUAAUUUCACGUUUUGUAGAAGACCUGAGCACAAGACAAUGAUUUUCUCAUGCUAUUUUUCACUGUAUUUUUAAACCUACAGAUACAGUCCUUUCAGUAGAAUUCAACUUCAGUAAAAAAUCACCAACUUUUAUCAAAUUUAACAAAUUGAGCGCUAUGGAAUAAGAGCGAUGAAUUAUGAAACAGCGCGAAUUCACCGUUUAAGAGUUGUUUCGACACCGUCAUCGUCUUCGUUGCUUAAACUCCAUUAUUCCCGACUAAAAUUGGUGCAUGUCCAAAAAAAUUUGAUCUGUUGUCGGACACGAUGUACGGACAAAGUUCAUACCAAAGACAAUCUAAUAUCUGACGCCUAGACUAACACAGUCUACCUUGAUCGCUUGUCAGUUGUCACAUAAACGACGUUGAACAUUUUUGUAAGAAAUAUUUGACUGUAAUCCGUUCGCCAGCGAAUCCCGCGCUUACCGUGCACAUUUUUAUUAAAGUCGCGUAAUGCCUCUUUAAUUGACUGCGACCUUACUUUUGUGUUUGGUCUGUCCAAAAUGGUGACUUAGCCAGACGUACGUUAAGAAAGAAAAAUUAUUUGUAGCUUUGUUUUAGGUCUGCAUGAAUAUUACCACGUAGCUGUUCCUCUCUUCACUGAUUAUCAGUCAUACUUCAAUUUUUACAUGGCUCCAGCCAGCUGAUUGUGUUUUUUGAUAGUGUUGUGUCGUGAAUUGAAAAUCAUCUGUAAACAUUGCUUUUUUACAUAUAUCUUUUAAGGCUCAUCUCAAGCUCAUUCACUGCAAGCAGAUCAUGUGACAACAAAGCCUCCAGUUCCAUCUGAGGUAGGAUCUAGCAAUGAGUAACAUUGAUGUGUAACUUCUGCUACUCACAUGCUUUCGUACUGCUGUGUAGGGAUGGCGCAGACAUGAGAGCGCUCACCUCACACCUUUGUAGCCUUAGUUCGGAUCCCGGAAGCGACGUCAUACGUGGGUCGAUUUUGUUGUUAGUUGUUUUCUUUACUCCAAGGGGUUCUUCUCCGCCGGGUUUCGUCAGUUUUCCCUCCACUUCAAAAACCAUUCUGUCCAAAACCCAAUUCGAUCUUUGAAGGUGUCUAAAAGAUAAACUAGUCGGAGACAAUUAGAGGGCGACAGGCCCCGGGGGUUACUUGGGUUAAUGUGGUGUAAAUCUUUCUAUUUUUAAAUCCCUACAUACCUAACUUUUCUGACCCCCAAAAUCCUGAAAAUGUGUGACCCCAUUGUAGUAACUCCUAUUAAAGUGCAAGCCCAUAAUAGCCAAUCCAGUCGUGAAAAUGCGACCCCAUCCGGCGUCCCGCACCCAUUAGCCUACUACUAGGAAGUUUCCCCCCUCCACCCCCCGAGCGACAGGUAGAAAAGUCUUUCACCCUCUCUUAAUAACGUUAGUUUUGUUAGUUCAGUUUCUGAGCUGUAGUGUAUAGAAGGGCUGAGUGCACACAGCGUAAAAGCCUACCUACGGUUAGUAGGAAAAUUUAUCGCAUUUAUUACGGUGUGUUUUAGGUUGGUCAUACAUCCUCGGAAAUGGAUCAGGAUAUCUCACAACGCCAGCUUGAGCUUCAGUAUUCAAGAGUUGUGCAAGCUGCUUUUUUGUAUUCAAGGGUAAGACUUUCAAUUUUGAUUUUCUAUCGGGGGAAGUUAAAAUUGCGUCCCUCUUGCAAACGUUUCUGCGCAUAACUUAUUUGGUAAAAACCGCGAUUUUGAAGAAAAACGUCCCAAAUUCCACUUUAUCUCAUGAACGCUAAUUGAUCUGCACGACAAGGCGAAGAAGUUUCCGCCCCCCAAAGGCUGAUACAGAAGGCAAUAAAGUGGAAAUAAUAAAGUGAUAGUCCAGUAAAGGAAUUAUACAGCGAGUCUGUAGCUUUAACUCCAACGCCACUCUAAAGAUACGGUAAAACGGGAAAGAAAAACGUGCAACUUGCUUUGCAACAUGCUGCAGAGCGAUGUUGCACGUUUUGCCACCCACGUGUAUUGCAACAAAUGAAGGUUGCUGCAAGUUGAGUGAAUACUGAUUGCUGAGUGGAUGAAAUUACGCGGGAGUCACGCCAUACACGGGAGUUAACGUCACUUGCUGCAAAACAAGUUUGCUUUGGGCCAGUAGAGCACGGAACAUGUUCAGAUUUUGUUGCAAAAAGUAGAACUACCCUCUACUUUCUGCAACAAGUUUUCGCAACUUGCAACAACCAGAUUUGUUUCAAGACAGGAUUGAACGUGCUGGUAAAACGCGCAACAUCGCUUCUCGGUUCAUUUUGCAGCAAUGUUGCAAAAGAAUUUUAAGUUGCACGUUCUUGUUGCCCGAAUUAUCUUACCUUAAGUUGGUAAGGAUUUUUGUGCCCCAGGCAUACAGUACUUCCCUGCCUAAUCUAGGGUAGCUUGCGUUACGCUUUGGGGGAUCACAUGGGCCUCGUGGCCCCUUCUUUCCGUAGUCCCGCGUCUGUGAGGCAAAUCUACCUUUUCAGAACGUAUCUUAAUCACUUUACUACUUUUGUUUGUUUUUUGUUUUUUCCUUUUUUUUCAGCUGAAACAUUCAUUUUCCCAGAAAGAAAAAGAUGCCCAGGUAGCUUUCUGAUUCAGUGUAAUUAUCUCGCGUUUUAGAUACUAUUUACUUUAAUUUAUACAUUUAGUAUAAACCUUGUCUUAUCGCGUUUUAGGUUCAGAUGUACUCGGUAUGGCAAGAGAAAGAGAAACUACAACGCGAAGUAGCCAACCUGGAGUUACUUUUAUAUUAUGUAGGCAAAAAUAAGAUUAUUGAAAUAAAUAAAAGUGCUGAUUUUGUUGGCUUCUUUUCAGUUUACCAGGUGACGAAAAACCAAAUUCGAAAUUGAAGAAAAAGAAACAGAAGACUGGUGAGGUCUAAGCCCAAUCAACAUUUCAAAAUUGAUUAUUUAUUAUAAAAAACCUGCCAGACUUAUUUCCUCUCGAUCCAUGCUUUCAAUUUUGCAUACAAACAAACAACAACAACAACAACAACAACAAUCUUCAAUGAAUUUCAGGCAACAAGUUAAAUUAAUGUUCAUUUUUACUUUUCAGCUCGUAUUGUUCCCUCCAGGUACAUGGAGAAAGCAAAGAUCACAAAAAAGGCAGCGGGAAAGGUAUCAGAAAGACUUGAAUCAUGUUUCAUUGUAUUUCAUACAAAUUUUGAAGUAUCCUAUCCUGGUCCUAGGCUAGUGACUACAAGUAACUGCUCACAGCCGACGGAAUUCCGCCAUUUGCUGGCUUCUGUAAAGAAACCUGUGCUUAAGACCCAUUCCCUGCAUUUAUAGUCUUUGUAUGGUUCUAAUGCUUCAUUCACAGGAGGUUGCACUGCCUACUAAGAAGAAAGCCAAGGCACAAACAGCAGCGCCUAAAUCUAGAGAUCAGUCUUUAAUCCACUCACACUCAUAUGACAGCGGCCUGAACUUAGGCGUCAAUACACCUUUUGUGCGACACACAUCACAGAAGAAAGGCUUAGUGACUUCCACUCCAGCUGACGGCAUGGUUGGUGUUGACCCCCCUGCUCACAUGGCAGCCCCCACCCCUAUCUUACCACAGGGAAUCCCAACAUCUACCCGGGUGCAUGGUGGAGGUGCUGCAGCUGUUAAAAAAGUCGCUCGUGAUAAAUCUAAAUCGCAAGCUGCAGUUGUAACGAAAAAACAAGCUGUCAAGUCGACAGGUAAACGUCAUAAAUAACACUUCUUUGCCGUUUUUGUACAACUACGACGGGAAAAUUCCUAAUUUCACGUUUUGUAGAAGACCUGAGCACAAGACAAUGAUUUUCUCAUGCUAUUUUUCACUGUAUUUUUAAACCUACAGAUACAGUCCUUUCAGUAGAAUUCAACUUCAGUAAAAAAUCACCAACUUUUAUCAAAUUUAACAAAUUGAGCGCUAUGGAAUAAGAGCGAUGAAUUAUGAAACAGCGCGAAUUCACCGUUUAAGAGUUGUUUCGACACCGUCAUCGUCUUCGUUGCUUAAACUCCAUUAUUCCCGACUAAAAUUGGUGCAUGUCCAAAAAAAUUUGAUCUGUUGUCGGACACGAUGUACGGACAAAGUUCAUACCAAAGACAAUCUAAUAUCUGACGCCUAGACUAACACAGUCUACCUUGAUCGCUUGUCAGUUGUCACAUAAACGACGUUGAACAUUUUUGUAAGAAAUAUUUGACUGUAAUCCGUUCGCCAGCGAAUCCCGCGCUUACCGUGCACAUUUUUAUUAAAGUCGCGUAAUGCCUCUUUAAUUGACUGCGACCUUACUUUUGUGUUUGGUCUGUCCAAAAUGGUGACUUAGCCAGACGUACGUUAAGAAAGAAAAAUUAUUUGUAGCUUUGUUUUAGGUCUGCAUGAAUAUUACCACGUAGCUGUUCCUCUCUUCACUGAUUAUCAGUCAUACUUCAAUUUUUACAUGGCUCCAGCCAGCUGAUUGUGUUUUUUGAUAGUGUUGUGUCGUGAAUUGAAAAUCAUCUGUAAACAUUGCUUUUUUACAUAUAUCUUUUAAGGCUCAUCUCAAGCUCAUUCACUGCAAGCAGAUCAUGUGACAACAAAGCCUCCAGUUCCAUCUGAGGUAGGAUCUAGCAAUGAGUAACAUUGAUGUGUAACUUCUGCUACUCACAUGCUUUCGUACUGCUGUGUAGGGAUGGCGCAGACAUGAGAGCGCUCACCUCACACCUUUGUAGCCUUAGUUCGGAUCCCGGAAGCGACGUCAUACGUGGGUCGAUUUUGUUGUUAGUUGUUUUCUUUACUCCAAGGGGUUCUUCUCCGCCGGGUUUCGUCAGUUUUCCCUCCACUUCAAAAACCAUUCUGUCCAAAACCCAAUUCGAUCUUUGAAGGUGUCUAAAAGAUAAACUAGUCGGAGACAAUUAGAGGGCGACAGGCCCCGGGGGUUACUUGGGUUAAUGUGGUGUAAAUCUUUCUAUUUUUAAAUCCCUACAUACCUAACUUUUCUGACCCCCAAAAUCCUGAAAAUGUGUGACCCCAUUGUAGUAACUCCUAUUAAAGUGCAAGCCCAUAAUAGCCAAUCCAGUCGUGAAAAUGCGACCCCAUCCGGCGUCCCGCACCCAUUAGCCUACUACUAGGAAGUUUCCCCCCUCCACCCCCCGAGCGACAGGUAGAAAAGUCUUUCACCCUCUCUUAAUAACGUUAGUUUUGUUAGUUCAGUUUCUGAGCUGUAGUGUAUAGAAGGGCUGAGUGCACACAGCGUAAAAGCCUACCUACGGUUAGUAGGAAAAUUUAUCGCAUUUAUUACGGUGUGUUUUAGGUUGGUCAUACAUCCUCGGAAAUGGAUCAGGAUAUCUCACAACGCCAGCUUGAGCUUCAGUAUUCAAGAGUUGUGCAAGCUGCUUUUUUGUAUUCAAGGGUAAGACUUUCAAUUUUGAUUUUCUAUCGGGGGAAGUUAAAAUUGCGUCCCUCUUGCAAACGUUUCUGCGCAUAACUUAUUUGGUAAAAACCGCGAUUUUGAAGAAAAACGUCCCAAAUUCCACUUUAUCUCAUGAACGCUAAUUGAUCUGCACGACAAGGCGAAGAAGUUUCCGCCCCCCAAAGGCUGAUACAGAAGGCAAUAAAGUGGAAAUAAUAAAGUGAUAGUCCAGUAAAGGAAUUAUACAGCGAGUCUGUAGCUUUAACUCCAACGCCACUCUAAAGAUACGGUAAAACGGGAAAGAAAAACGUGCAACUUGCUUUGCAACAUGCUGCAGAGCGAUGUUGCACGUUUUGCCACCCACGUGUAUUGCAACAAAUGAAGGUUGCUGCAAGUUGAGUGAAUACUGAUUGCUGAGUGGAUGAAAUUACGCGGGAGUCACGCCAUACACGGGAGUUAACGUCACUUGCUGCAAAACAAGUUUGCUUUGGGCCAGUAGAGCACGGAACAUGUUCAGAUUUUGUUGCAAAAAGUAGAACUACCCUCUACUUUCUGCAACAAGUUUUCGCAACUUGCAACAACCAGAUUUGUUUCAAGACAGGAUUGAACGUGCUGGUAAAACGCGCAACAUCGCUUCUCGGUUCAUUUUGCAGCAAUGUUGCAAAAGAAUUUUAAGUUGCACGUUCUUGUUGCCCGAAUUAUCUUACCUUAAGUUGGUAAGGAUUUUUGUGCCCCAGGCAUACAGUACUUCCCUGCCUAAUCUAGGGUAGCUUGCGUUACGCUUUGGGGGAUCACAUGGGCCUCGUGGCCCCUUCUUUCCGUAGUCCCGCGUCUGUGAGGCAAAUCUACCUUUUCAGAACGUAUCUUAAUCACUUUACUACUUUUGUUUGUUUUUUGUUUUUUCCUUUUUUUUCAGCUGAAACAUUCAUUUUCCCAGAAAGAAAAAGAUGCCCAGGUAGCUUUCUGAUUCAGUGUAAUUAUCUCGCGUUUUAGAUACUAUUUACUUUAAUUUAUACAUUUAGUAUAAACCUUGUCUUAUCGCGUUUUAGGUUCAGAUGUACUCGGUAUGGCAAGAGAAAGAGAAACUACAACGCGAAGUAGCCAACCUGGAGUUACAACUGAAAAUGAAAACUAAAAUUGCCGAACUAGAUAAACAGAUACAGCUUCAGGUAUGGCGGAUACAUCAUUUGCUUUCUUUGUUGGUGCAUGAGUGACUUCGAGCGGGGUUUUCGAUGAAUGUCGGAACGUUGGUCGAAACUAAUUUAGCGAUUGUACUGCCUGGAUUUUUCGCGCCACUUCUAGCAACUGAUGAUAAAAGGGAACAAGUUUUCCCGCGCCUAAGGCCGGCCACAUGUGUUUGGUUCGAUUUCUCAUUGUUUCUUUGAAUCGCUUGCCUUUCCGUGAUCGGCCAAUCAGAGAAAGCAUCCUCACACAAGCUCCUGAAAGUCCAGUUCCUCUACAGCUUUAUUCAACAACUUUUCAAUCUGUGACUAGACCUGGGACUUCCGGCACAGGAGUUUUAAAAAACUUUUCAUCCUUAUUCGAACCUUGUGUAGUUUGACAUGCAAAGGUUCAUUCCCUCACAUCCACAAGGUCAACUGUCAGCAGCUGCCAUUCUUCUACCCUGCUUUUGCCCAUUUAUUCAUUCAUUCUUGUGUCGGCAACGGCCUCUAAACUGCGUCCCAGUGCCAAGAAAACAUUUCCAAAAGGGACAUUUUAAAACGACAGAUGUUCAAACAGCUGCACUUUAUACUGUGCCCUAGUGAGCUUAGUCACCGUUUUUUGAAUCAUUUUCAUUCUAAAUACUUGGUAUCUGUUUUAUUGAUAUAAUUAUUUUGUUUGGGUCACGUAUUAAUGUGCUAUACUAAGCUUUUGUAAAACUGAUGUGACCUUGUGACUUUCGCCCUAGGCCCAGUCUCCAGCCGUGGGUGUCUCGAUGCGCCCACGGUUCUCCCAACCGCGGGCCCAUCGAGACACCCACUGCUGGAGGCUGCGCUUAGCCCCUCCCCCUCCCGGAAAAAAUAAAUUAGUAAAAAGAAAGAAAACUAAAGAAACUUGGCGUCACUUUGUAUCCUUACUGUAAAGGUCGAAUUUGCUUUCGGGUAUUUUGUGUUUUGCAGAUGUCAGGACUGAAGCCGAUCGGCACCAACAUGCUCAAGUUGAUCUUGGAGUAUAGUAAACUAGCUGCAGCAUUAGACACCACUAGACAUCACAUGUCUGUUAAUGGAGUCUUUCUACCUGAUAACCAUGGUAGGAAUUCCGAUUAAAGUAAUUUUGUAGGCGUAACAAAAUUACAGGUAACCCAAUAGUUUACAUGAUGACCCACGAAUAUUGAAGGGCAGAGACAAAUAAUUGAAAUAAACAUAUAUGGUUAAGAUUCGCAACUGGCCGGAGGCAAACCAGUUGACUAUUUACAAGCGUUGCCUAGAAGUUACACUCUGGACUACUAACAACAAAUCCAGCUAGCGAUUAGAGCGGGGAUUGAACUCAGAGCCUUUCGAUUGCAAUUCCAGCGCUUUAACUGCUCGGCCAUGCUGCCUUCACUGAUUUAUAGCGAUUAAUAUGACAUACAUUUUAAUGUUAUAGCCGUUUUUGCUUGAGUGUUAGAAAAUAAAACCCGAAGGAAUUACUAUAUUGUAAACCUAUAAGGAGUUGAGGUGUAUGUACCCGUAUGUUACUCGUAUGGUACCCGUAUGUAACCGUGUGGUGUUUUGGUCAAGAUCUUUUACCUUACAUCUUUAGUUUGUACCCUUUGGUCAGGGUGAUGAAUUGUAGGAAAGAUGCGGACUAAUAUGUUUUACUUUAACUCACUCUUUUCGAUUUAGAAAUUAUUAAGUACAGUAAGUUUGUAGGCGUGUUAUUUUAGACAAAGAUUGACUUUAGCUCUUGAUCGUUCAUAUUGUAGACGAACUCUUCGCUGUCCUGGAUGAGAGUGAAAGGCUGUUGGGAGAAAUUGAUGAGCUUACGAAGCAUAAGCAGCAGAAGGUGAAUUAGAAGCGAAUGUAGUGUAUCGCUAUGCGAGGAGAACGAAAACACACUAAACAAACAGACAUACAAACAAAAAGCUUUUGACAAACAAAUGACUAGGCGAUAGAAUUUGUCGUUGAAGUAUUACCGUAUUUAUUCGAUUAAACGCCGCCCUCGAAUAAACGCCGCACCUAAUCAGAAGAAUGCGGCUUUUACUCGAGGAUAAUAAGAAAAACCUCUGUAGAACUUGGUAAUUCACACCAUCCAGACAUUUAUGAUUCUAUCUCAGCAAAAUAAGGGAGACACUGGAAUCUUUAAAUUACAUAAUAUUUACAAAGGAUUUACAAUAACUGUUGUCAGUGAUUUAAAAAAAAGCGAUUUCGAAAUAAACGCCGCCCUUGAAUAAACGCAGCAUUGGAAACGCUAAAAAUGUAAUAAACGUAGCGGCGUGUUAUCGAAUAAAUACGGUAUUUUCACAUUCCAAAUCUGAAGAACUUUAAGAGUUUUUCAGGAGUACAAACUAAUAAGGGGUUUGUGGACAGUAACCGUAAAAAACGUUAGUCAAUAUACAGUCAUUCAGCAUUAGCAUCCCUUUCAACCAAACAGCUUGCAUCUGAAAUGUUCUGAUUUUGCUAGGUCGACUUUGGUCAACGUAGCCCGCCUUGCAUUUACAUUUGUUGGUAUAUAUACAGUAUUCAAGGCAAAUUUACUGAGUGUCAUAUUCCGGCCGGUACCAUAUGUAGUGCGAUGUUUAAUGAAUUCAUUCUCCAAUCAUUCAGGUUGAUUCAUUUGCUAAGGAAAUGGAAGGAUUGUCAAAAACUGUUGAAUCAGAAAUUCAGGAACAAAAACGGUAAGUCGUAUCUGACCAGAAUUGUUAAAACACCUAAAUUCGUUCAAACUUGCUCCUUUAAUAUCUCCUGUACUAAUGGAUAAUUUUGUCUGUAUAUUUUUAUGAAGGUGUGGUGAGCUGUUAGCUGCUGCGUCCACACUAAGCACUCAAGAACGCAGUCUGCAGGCUCAAACUAUCAUGGCUGGACUAUGA